AUGUCACCAUCUUAUCAUUCGAGCUCGCUGUCAAGUCUCUCAAGUUCAACUGCACAUAACGGCGACAACAUCGAAGUCAGGCUCAACAGCCACCACAACUUCAAGAUCUAUGGCUGCGGAGCACCAGUUCAUGGAGAAGUAGUCAUCACCCUGCGUGAGAGCACAUCUUUCGACUUUGUCUCGAUUCUCUUGAUGGGGAUUUCCAAGACUUGCACAGGAACCGCCAUGUUCGACCGUCAUGUUUCUCAUGUCUUCUUGAAGGUCAACAUGCCCAUCGCCGAAUCGGCAUACCCCACGUCACGUACAUUCGAAGCAGGCCGCACGUAUAAAAUCCCAGUCGACUUCGUUAUCCCGAUGCACCUCACCACCAAUGCUUGCAGCCACAAGACGCAGUUCCGCGCCGUCUACGAUCAGCACACGCGCAUGCCUCCGUCUAUGGGUUCAUGGGGCAGAGACGAUCUCUCUACAGCAAGGGCCCGCAUCGAAUAUACCACCAAGGCUUACAUUGUCAGGCGACAAAUCGGACUGAGCUGUUGCCCGGCGAAGGUUAUGGAGGCGAGUCACCUGAUCAGAGUCCUUCCCGUCUCGGUCGAAGAUCCUCCGCUGCACGUUACUACACAAGAUGAGACGUAUACCCUUACGACGUCUCAAAAGGUUCGCAAAAAUAUAGUAUCGGCUAGUCAGGGCUUGAUCACCAUUUCUGCUCACCAACCUGCUGCAAUUCGUAUCAGCACGGAUGGAGACCCAAACUCGCGGAAUACCGUUUUCAUCAACCUUACUUUCGACGCUGUUGCUCCUGAGAUCCCUGCUCCAAAUGUGAGCCACGUCUCUGGAAAACUUCAGGUCACAACCUGGUUCAGCAGUGUCCCCAUGGAGGCUUUUCCUAACCUGGCCGACAGCCGACGGUCUUUCGCUACCCAGCAGCAGUACGCAAAGUCUAUUCCUCUGUUCUUCUCCAGCCUCGAGAACGUUACACCCUGGUGCGCGCAAGAACUCGGUGUCCACGAGGCUGAGAUUUGUUUGAGAGAGCACUUGCGUCCUGUCGAGGAGGCUUCAGAACAGAAGAUAGAAUCAGAAAGUAACCAGCCCUUGCGUCGCCACGCAACCCUACAGGUUCCUUUCACAAUCGCUGCCAACAGCAGUAUGCUUCUCCCAACCUUUCACUCUUGCCUCAUCUCCAGAACUCAUUCUAUCAAGUUGAGAGUUCACUUCUCGGACGCCAAGUUUGAUCUCCACGUGCCAGUACAGGUCAUCGUCGAGAGGUCCGAGGGAGAGAUUUUGCAAGAAGCUGAGCCACCUUCUUUCGAUUUUGGCACGACACAAGGGGAACAGGACCCUCUGCAACCGAGGACCAUGCGGCAGCCGGCCUCCGAGUUUCGGGGUACCAGCGUUCUUCCGGGUUAUGCGGGCACCGGGAGAGCCUUCGGCACUGCUUCGAGCUGA